AUGUCUACUUUACAGAGCCAGCGCUUCCAGCGCAAUGUUCCUGCAUUUCUGAACAAGUUGUACAACAUGGUUCAAGACCCAGCGUCUAACGAUUUGAUUCGGUGGUCAGAGGACGGCAAAUCGUUCAUCGUGGUACGCCACGAAGAUCUUGCCAAAGAAGUCCUUCCUCGAUUUUUUAAGCAUAACAACUUUUCAUCUUUCGUCCGCCAACUCAAUAUGUAUGGAUUUCACAAAGUACCGCAUCUGCAACAAGGCGUCCUGCAGUCGGACUCGGACACAGAAUGGUGGGAAUUUAGCAAUCCACACUUUCAGAAAAACCACCCCGACUUGUUGCUACUAGUAACAAGGAAAAAAGGCAGAGAUCAAGAAGAGAAGGAGGCGCCGGGUCUUGAUUUGAAUCACAUUCUGGACGAAAUUACGGCGAUAAAGAAGCAUCAAAUGAACAUUAGUUCGGAGUUGAAGAACAUUCAGCAAGACAACCAGGUUUUGUGGCAAGAGACGUUGGCUGCAAGAGAAAGGCAUCAGCGUCAUCAGGAAACGAUAGAUAAGAUUCUCCGGUUCCUGGCUUCCGUAUUUUCUGGUGAUAAAAAGAGAGCUAUCAUACCGAAGAAGAGACGAUAUCUAAUUGGAGAUACCAACACUGAGUACAGUGAUUCUGGCGCCAAGAUUAGGGAAGAGGAUAGCGAUGAUGAAGAAUAUGAAGAAAUUGAAGAGAUACCAACACCUUCAAGCAAAAAAAGUGGUUCUCCGUCCGUGACCAAGGUCACCACUCUACCUGAAAAAGAUUCUCAAGAUUUGCCCAGGAAAGUAUCGAAAACGUCUAAAAGUGCCAGUGUGGCCAACAGUCAAAGUAUACGGCAAUCAUCGCCAAUGCCCACCAGCCCAUCGGUGCAUUCUCCAGGAUCAGUUACAGCUAGUGAUCAACUUGCUGAAAUACAAAGUAAGCGGCUUUGCCUUUUGACUCUUAUGCAAUGA